AUAGACGGGCGUAUAUGAAAGCUGAUUUCCUGAGCUCAUGCUAUCGCAUGAAUGGGUUGUUUCCAUGGUAACAGACAACACAGAAACUGCAGGUGCAGUGAUGAAGUGUCUUACCAAGGGUUCAUGAGCCGUCUCUCUAAAGAGGAGCAGGAUAACUACGACAUUAAGAAUGCGGCAGCAGAGUUUUACCGUGUUAACAGAGUCCCUCAGGAGAUAGAGACAGCCCUCAAUGUGCUCUUCUUUCACAAGCCUGAAGAUGUUUAUGGUUACCUGGCUUCGGCGGAAGUGAACCUGUGCCGUCCGACGGCACUGAGCAGGACGAAGGGACGUUCAAUCUAUGACCUGUUGGGCAUCUUGGCACCUCAGGAGAGUGUGUCUUGCUUAGUCUGUAAUAAGGAGCCUAGCAUGUUCUCAGCUGCCAUCUCCAGUCACUUUGGGCCUAACGAGACAUCACUGGACUGGAGAGCGAAGAGUCAGGAGAGGGCUGACCAUGUGAUGACUGCUGCCCAGUGGAUUAAUGAACAUCUGAACAACAUGCUGAAGGGCCAAAACCCCUGUGAUCAAUCCGAUGUCGACCAUAUUCUCAGUAAUUUCUUCAUGGCCCGCUACCUGGAGGAGAAAGACAUCCGGAACAAGGAAAAGGAAGAACAUCGUUCACCCAGUGAGCAUGAGGGAGUGUUGUCUUCUCCACUACCCCCACAGAUGAAAGCCAAGAAAAGUAUUGAUAAAGGUAGAAAGAGCAACACUGCAGAGAAGCCAAUCCCUUCAGCAGAGCCACCCAAGCCAGUUUUGCCUGGGAGCUUGGCCAUUGGCUCAGUGUCUCUGGCAGUGGCCAAAAGAGGGGCAAAAAUACAGGAUAUCCCACUGUACAAAUACAUAGCAGCUCUGAAAAACAGAAAGGCUCCAACACAGUUUCACAUCCCUGUCUCUUUGGUAACUUUGCUGAACUAUGGGAAGACUCCUCCUGGAAAACUGAAUUUACUUGAGGAAGUCAUCCUGAUCCCCAAAGUUGGACAGCGAGUCAAACAAAUAAUCACAAUGACCCUUGAGAUACAGAAGGAGAUGAUGAGAAUAAUGAACACUGCAACAAAAGCUGGGUAACUAUGUCUUUGCUCUGGGGCCAUCCAGGCAAUGCUGUGUGGCAGGGGAGUGAUGGCUGCGACCUACGAGCAGCCUCUAGAUCUGAUCACUGAAGCCUGCACUAAUGUUGGACUGGCACUGGGGACAGAGAUCCAUUUAGCAGUAAACUGUGCUGCCCCUGAGUUAUUGGACUAUUCUAAGGGAAAGUAUGAAGUUGUAACAGGAGUUUUGAAGUCACCAUAUGAAUUAGUUGAUCUGUACCAAAACCUCAUCAGCAAAUACCCAGCAGUGGUGGCCUUAAUCGAUCCAUUUAGGAGAGAGGACAUAGACCAGUGGGAAAAGUUGAGCAAUGUGAUUGGAGGCUCAUGUUUGCUGCUCUCUGACAUGACUUAGAAGUUAAAGGCUCCGCCCCUUCCAGGAGUCAGAGGUCACAUCUUAAAACACAUUAAUGAGACAACAGUCAGUGAUUUGAUCACCAAGUGGAAGUGCACGGAGCUGCCACCCAUGGUCCCGCGGCCCCCCGGCCUGACCUCUGGGGCCCUGGACAGGUGCUCAAGUGUGGGUGAGAAGAGCGGAGAGGACUACGGAGGAUCAGUGUUAAUGGGAAAAACAUGCAGUGAGCCCUGCAGUGAUGACUCUUUGUCAGAUAUAAUGGCGAGCCACAGUUAA